AUGAACUGUUUCACGCUUUGUUCAGGAUUUUUAAACAAUGGUAACUUUGAACAAGCACCCAAGAAAGAAAAUCUAAACAAAACAGUGAUAGUGGGAAAACACUCACUUCCGGGAUGGGAAAUCGACGGCCUGGUGGAGUUUGUUUCCGGUGGUCCGCAACCUCGAGGGUUUUACUUUCCGAUCCCCCGCGGAGCACAUGCUGUUAGGCUCGGCAACGAGGCUUCCAUCUCUCAGAAGCUGAGUGUGAAGGCUGGAUACAUUUACUCCCUUACGUUUGGUGCCACAAGGACUUGUGCUCAAGACGAGGAGCUCGGGAUCUCCGUCCCCGGUCAAACCACCGACAUCUCAAUUCAGACGUUGUAUGGUGCCGAUGGAGGCGACACUUUGGCUUUGGCAUUCAAUGCAACAGCUAAUGUGGUUAAGGUUACAUUUCAUAACCCUGGGAUUCAAGAAGAUCCUACUUGUGGACCUCUCUUGGAUGCCGUUGCAAUCAAACAAAUGUCUCCCCCAAGAUAUACCAAAGGUAACCUUGUUAAAAACGGUGGAUUUGAGAAUGGUCCACUUACCUUCAAGAACUUCUCAACAGGGGUCCUCUUGCCUCCAAAGAAGCUAGACAGAAUCUCAACACUCCCUGGCUGGAUCAUUGAAUCACUAAAACCAGUAAAAUACAUCGACAAGAAGCACUUCUCGGUUCCUUCCGGACAGUUUGCCGUCGAAUUGGUAGCUGGAAGAGAGAGUGCCAUCGCCCAAAUCAUCAGAACAGUUGCCAACAAAUUCUACAUUCUCACAUUCACCAUCGGCGAUUCCAGGAACGGGUGCCAUGGAUCCAUGAUGGUUGAAGCAUUUGCGGGCAAGGAAACUCUCAAGGUCCCAUACGUAUCACAAGGCAAAGGUGGAUUCAAGACAGCAAGUUUUAGGUUCCAAGCGUUGUCUGCUAGGACCAGAAUUACGUUUUACAGUGCCUAUUACCAUACAAAGUUGGAGGAUUAUGGGCAUAUGUGUGGCCCUGUUCUGGAUGAUGUGAUUGUUCGUCCUGUUUCUUAG